AUGGCCCACGGAGAACAGAGUGCCCCGGUGAUGGAGUUUAUCUUGCUGGGAUUUCCUCUCAGCAGGCAGGUGGAGCUGCUGUCCCUGGUGCUCCUGCUGCCCAUGUUCCUGCUGACACUCCUGGGAAACCUGCUCGUCAUCUCCGUGGUGCUGUCCUUCACCCGCCCCCACACCUCCAUGUACUUCUUCCUGUGCAACCUCUCCAUCCUGGACAUCCUCUUCACCUCUGUCAUUUCCCCAACACUGGCCAACUUAGUAUCUGGUGAUAAAACCAUCUCCUUUGCUGGCUGUAUCACCCAGUGCUAUUUCUACUUCUUCCUGGGCACAGCAGAGUUUCUCCUGCUGACAGUCAUGUCCUAUAACUGCUAUGCCACCAUCUGCUACCCUCUGUGGUACAGCACCAUUAUGAGGCCCCCUGUCUGCAUCAGGACAGUUGUGUUCUCUUGGGUGGGAGCCUUCAUAUCUGUCCUCUUUCCAACCAUCCUCAUCUCUCAGCUGCCCUUCUGUGACUCCAACAUCAUUAACCACUUCUGUGACAGUGCUUUGCUGGCCCCAGCCUGUGCAGACACCACCGCCAUUGAGCUGAUGGAUUUUAUGCUUUCAUCCAUGGUCAUCCUCUGCUGCAUAGUCCUUGUGGCCUUUUCCUAUAUGUACAUCUUCCUGACGACAGUGAGCAUCCCUUCUGCAAGUGGAAGAAAGAAGGCCUAAACUUGUGCUUCCCACUUGACCAUAGUUGUGAUUUCCAGCAGUAUCAUGGUGUUUAUCUGCGUGACUCCAUCCCAGAAAGAAUAUCUGGAGGUCAACAAGGUCCCCUCAGUCCUGAGAGUGACUCCAUUCCUCAACCCUUUCAUAUAUACCCUGCGGAAUGAUACAGUGUUGAAGGUCCUCAGGGAUGUGUGAUGGGUUCGAGCAGGUUUGGAAAAGAGGAUGAGGACAAUGCUGAGGAGAGGAGUGUCCUCUGUCAGUGACCACAGAGGAGGGGGAUAG